AAAAAAAACCCGGCAAGAACACAAAACACUUCUGCGGCCAGAUUGCUGUCCGCGGGAGGGCAGCUUGCGAGCCCCUCGAGGACACCGAACAUUUCCCACGUGCUACCAGAGGCCCCACCCCCACGCACGCCCCGCCCCGCCCCCGAUACGUCGACGUGCGUACAAUGGCGUCUCUUGGAACGACCCGGGCAUGCGCACUUCCCAGCACGAGCGGCCCGGACACACGCGCGACCCGGAAGGCCUCGCUACACUCCAAAGAGAGAAGGGGGCGGAUGGCGGAGGGUGCGGCGGAGGCCCCAGCAGAGAGUGGUGGCGGUGGCGACUUAGGAACCGGCGCGCUGGAACGAGGAGUGGCGCCCAUUAAAUCUCGAUACCUCACCACCAAGGAGCAGUUCCAUGAAUUCCUGGAAGCUGGAGGGCGGGAGAAGCCCAGCCAGGAAACCGCGGGAGGAAACCAUUGUGACUGUGACCUGUCUGAGCCUGAGGCCAAGCGGAUCCGACUGGAGGAUGGACAGCCAGGAGAGGGCGCCACGGAGGAGGCAGCUGAGCACCUCGAGCAGCCUCAGACUCAGAAGAGAGCUCGGGGUCAGAACAAGGCCCGGCCUCACAUAAAACCCUCCCACUAUGACAAGAACAGGCUCUGUCCCUCCAUUGUGCAGGAAUCAGCUGCAAAGUGUUUUUUUGGUGAUCGCUGUCGUUUCCUACACGAUGUGAGUUGCUACCUGGAGACCAAGCCGGCUGACCUGGGUCCCCGCUGUGUACUAUUCGAGAACUAUGGCAGGUGCCCCUAUGGUGUGACCUGCCGCUUUGCUGGGGCCCAUCUGGGGCCUGAGGGCCAGAAUCUGGUGCGGGAGGAGGUGGUCCCAGCCCCUCCCGUCCGCAACGGCUUGGACAAAGCUCUGCAGCAGCAGCUGCGAAAGCGCAAGAUCCAUUUCGAGCGUGCCGAGCAGGCCCUGCACCAGCUUGGCAAGGGCCACCUACCAAGCCCCACCCCUUCUGCCACUGUCCCUGAGGUCCCAGGGGCUGCGAGUGCCCCAGGGCAGGACAACUGUGAUACCCAGCAGGCCCCCCUGGCGCCCUGCACUGGUACCCCUCCCAGCAGCCCCAUGCAGACCUGCGGGCCCCUGACGGAUGAGGACAUAGUCAGGCUUCGGUCUUGUGAGAAGAGGCAGCUCGACAUCAGCGGCAAACUGUACCUGGCCCCCCUCACCACGUGUGGGAACCUGCCUUUCCGGCGAAUCUGUAAGCGCUACGGGGCUGACGUGACGUGUGGGGAGAUGGCUGUUUGCACCAACCUGCUGCAAGGCCAGACGUCCGAGUGGGCCCUGCUCAAGCGCCACCCGUGCGAGGACAUCUUUGGUGUCCAGCUGGAGGGUGCUUUCCCGGACACUAUGACCAAGUGCGCAGAGCUGCUGAACCGCACCAUCGAGGUGGAUUUCGUGGACAUCAAUGUUGGCUGCCCCAUCGACCUUGUGUACAAGAAGGGUGGGGGCUGCGCCCUCAUGAACCGCUCGGCCAAGUUUCAGCAGAUUGUGCGUGGCAUGGACCAGGUGCUGGAUGUGCCGCUGACAGUGAAGAUCCGCACGGGCGUCCAGGAGCGUGUGAACCUGGCACACAGGCUGCUGCCCAAGCUGCGGGACUGGGGGGCAGCCCUGGUCACGCUGCAUGGCCGCUCUCGGGAGCAGCGCUACACCAAGCUGGCUGACUGGCAGUACAUCAAGCAGUGCGUGGCGGCGGCCAGCCCCAUGCCCCUGUUCGGAAACGGGGACAUCUUAUCCUAUGAGGACGCUAACUGCGCCAUGCAGACCGGUGUCACUGGAAUCAUGAUUGCCCGUGGUGCCCUGCUCAAGCCGUGGCUGUUCACGGAGAUCAAGGAGCAGCGACACUGGGACAUCUCCUCAUCCGAGCGCCUGGACAUCUUGCGGGACUUCACGAACUACGGCCUGGAACACUGGGGCUCGGACACGCAGGGCGUGGAGAAGACCCGCCGCUUCCUCCUCGAAUGGCUCUCCUUCCUGUGCAGGUAUGUGCCUGUGGGUCUGCUGGAGCGGCUCCCACAGAGGAUCAACGAGCGGCCCCCCUACUACCUGGGCCGAGACUACCUGGAGACGCUCAUGGCCAGCCAGAGGGCCGCCGACUGGAUCCGCAUUAGUGAGAUGCUGCUGGGACCUGUGCCACCCAAUUUCGUCUUCGUGCCAAAACACAAGGCCAAUGCAUACAAGUAGCUGCAGGGGUGGGAGGGCCUCGGAGGCGUCGUGGCGAGUGAGAAGACAAUAAACUUCAUUCUUUUAAAA